AACGGGCCAGUUGGACAUAUAAAGCGAAAAAGUUUUGGCGCUGCGAACCUACAAAAUGAAUGUGACCGAGUCUGAGAGGUCAGACUUCUCACCUUGACCUGACCCUGAUAUCCAGUUUCCUUUGCAUCGGGGAUCUGGGGUUAAGGAUUGGACACAUCUGUCUUGGAGACACCUGAGAUGCACAGGACCUCCCUCCUCCAGCCACUAAGUCCCCAGUGAUACACUCAUCAGAUGCCUCUGUCUUCCACAAAUGAGCUGUGAUUGAGAUGACAAAAGUCUAUGUCAGUGGAAUGGGCAUGAACAUGGUGUCCCCAUGGACCAGCAGGGACACACUGGAGAGGAAUGUGCCCAUAAUACGCCUGAAAGACUAUGCUGACCUCCGGGCAAUCUAUGAAUUUGGAAGAAAAUUAGGUCACGGUAGCUAUGGAACUGUUUAUGAAGCCACCCACAUUAAGACACAGACAAAAUGGGCUAUUAAAGAGGUUUGCAGACCAGCGGCAGGAAGUCAGAGAUCCAAGAUGCUUGAACAAGAACUGAACAUUCUCAAAGAAGUGAAUCACGCUCACAUAAUUCAUCUACAGGAAGUCUACCACACGGCCAAGAUGACUUACUUGGUUACUGAGCUGUGCAGUGGAGGUGAUCUGAGGCAGCUGCUGCAGAGGAAAAAGUUUCUCACAGAGGACGAGACAAGGCACGUCAUCUGUAGCGUAGCCGAUGCUGUUGUCUACCUUCACAAAAGAGACAUCGUGCACCGGGACUUGAAACUUGAGAACAUUCUUGUGAAGGACUAUCUCGGCGAGGAUGAUAAAGGCAGGAUUAAUAUCAAGGUGACAGACUUUGGACUGUCGGUGAAGACAGGUGGUGUAGGGAUCGAGAACAUGAUGCAGGAGGCCUGUGGGACUCUUCUCUAUAUGGCACCUGAGAUGAUGAGCCGUCGGGGUUACAGCCACUGUUGUGAUGUGUGGAGCGUAGGAGUCAUUAUGUUUAUGUUGCUGUGUGGGGAGCCUCCAUUUAAAGCCACAUCGCAGUCCGACCUACGUCAGGAGAUUAUGAACAACAACAAAGUCAAAUAUACUCAACCCAUCUGGGCCACAGUCAGCCAUGCAGCCAAAAAUAUAUUGACGUGCCUUCUGAAGCAGGACCCUGCCUACCGCAUGUCAGCUAAUGAGCUACUAGAAACCCCCUGGAUUACAGGUGACACUGAUGUGCCUGCUAUGCCGCCCUGUGCGCUGGAGAUGAUGCGCAACGACAGGGAGCAGAAAGAGAGAACACAUACUCUGGAGGACUUGUCCCUCACCUCCUCUGAGGACACACUGGACCCAUCCCCACUCCCCAGGGUAGCUUCAGCAGAAACAGACAGCAACUGCAGGAGCCACGCUGUGAGAGACAACUGCUCCUGCACACCCACCACAUCCACCAAGCCGGUCAGCCCCCAGUUGCUAGGUACAGUCAUGGAGUCCAGGUAUCGAUCUCUCAUCUUUCCCUUUGGGUUCUCCUUAUAUCUUGGAAUAAAGACUAAAGAGCGUGGUGGUGGCCUCCCCCUGGACAAGUGCAAAAACAACUCUAAACAACUCUCCACCACACAGUCUCAUGCAAGCGUGAAACCCUCCACACAGCCGAGUGCAAAGCAGCUCAGGCCUCGGGACAAGAAGGACGUCAGCGCAGGACAGAAACCAGCCUCUAAGCUCAGCAAGGCAGACGACCAGAGACCUUCUACCUCCAGUAAAAGUAGGACUGCUCCCCGCAAACUCUAAACCCCUAACUAAAAAAUGAGCCAUACCACUGGAAAAUAAGUUAAAGGGAACAGACAAGUGGGAAGGAAAGGACAGUGAGCAGAUGACAGAGAAAAACUAAGCUAGAAGAUGUGGAUGUACACUUGAAUACACUUCUGUUUAUUUAAUGUAAUUCUGUGAUGUAGCAGCGAUGUGAAUGAAACUGCUGUGAAUGGUGCGACCUUUAUGGUGAUGACCAGAGACUGAGCAGCGACAGCAGUGUCAAAUAAACGGGACUCAUAUGCAGGUGUGAAAAUAAUACAAGGAGUCCAAGACAGCUGCAGAUGAGGGUCCAGCCUCAGCAGCGCCUCGUGCCAAAGGAAAGGGCCCCGGUCUGAGGUGUUCCCCGGGCUGGGGCCAAACUGCUGGACAAAUGCUUACUGUUGCACAGCCAACUGUUUGAGAACGUCAUGCAGCCCAAAUACAGACUCACACUUUUUUAAUAGUGGCCAGCAAACAGAGAUUAAAUUCGUUUUUUUUUUUUUUUUUUUUAACAGAUAUUACUGGUGGCAUCUGAUUGAAGGCUUUUAUUAAAAAGCCUCGACCUAGAGUUAGUUAAGUAAAGAGAGCCACCAUGGACAGCGGAUUCCUUAAUAAAACUGUUAUUUAAUAAUUGCCUCACUACCUAGCUGCAUAUCUUUUCAUUCCGAAUGUCAUCGCUUUAUUUGUAUACACUGUGAAUGUGUGAAUGUACACCUUUUUCCAUAUAGAAAUGAUUAAGUCUCUUAUGUGAAAAGUGACAUUGGGUAAAAAUAAUAAUCGGCUGGAGGUCGAGAGGGAUGUAAUAAUCAGGUGUAAUAUUUUUAACAUCCAAGCAGACACAUUUAUAAAAAUAAAUGUACAAAAUGAUUCCAACAAAAUUAGAUUUCUUUUCAGAAAUGUGUUGAAGCUGUUUUUAAAUUAGUAAAAGAAGCAAGGGAAUAUUUCGAAUACAUAGGGUAUAUGUCUAUAUACGUAAACAGUACAGGAAUAAGACUUAUAAUGUGCCAAAUAUAAAACAGUUGCACAGCUAUUUUACAUAUUAAAUUGACACAGUAUUUUGUAUUGUUCCUAAUAACAUGCUAAAUUGCAGAGAACACACAUACAGAGCACAAGAGAUUUUAUUGGAUAUCAUUUCAUAACGCCAAAGUGAGCAUUAGGGAUUUCCUUUUUUUCAGCUCUGACCUCUCAAUUCCAAAACGCCCUAUAUGCAGUGACUGCACCCACUCAGUGUCAAAACAGAAAAACCGUCACACAGGCUGGUUACGCUCCAUCUGAAUGCAGAGGAUUGGGACUGAGGGCAGCCACGGGUCUAAUCUCGUUUGGAGGCCAUUGAAAGCAGUAGAAGCUACUUUGAGGGCACUGCCAUUCAAGCACAGGUUUUUUCUGCUGUAGAGAGAAUAAUCCCCGGCAUAGAUACAACAUUAAAGUAGCCAAGCAUAACACACAGAGGCUGAAUUUCAAAUCCACCCAUUUGCAUCUUGAAGUGAAUGAGUGCCAACAAUGGGGCUCCGUGCUCAUGCACAGGCUCUGUGUUUUAGUGUGUCUGUGUGAAUGUAGCGUGCAACUGUUGUAACUGUUUUCAAAAGGUAUUUCUACAUUGCAGGGAAGAGGUAAUUGUCUUACUAGUGCGGACACAGUAUGUUAACCUCAGUCCAGGUAGACACACUGAUCUCGGGUGAUGUUUCUUAACGUAGUGAGUAGAUACACACAGUUUUCCACUGUCUUUUGUUUUUUAGAUUAAUUUUAACUAUGAGAUUAAGAAUGUACAAACGGCACAUGACUUAUCUUUGAUUCAAGCUGCUUGCCAAAAGACUGCAACAUUACUGCAACAUUAUUGACACACUGUCUGCCUUUGGUUUACUCAGACUGGUAUAAACAGCAGAUGGAGCUGUAGUAAGUUGCUGAAUUCAUUUCCUGGAGUUAAUCUGACAGGAGAGUGCUAUCCCUAAAGCCUUACUACCUAGUUUUGUGCAUGAAGAUGUGUAAUUAGAAUUGAUUGCUUGAGUCACUGCCCAUUAAAACUGUGAUGUCCAUGUAACGUGUCGCUAAUUAAUAUGUUGUAUGGUUAUGUCUUCAUGGUCAAAAUAAAUGGUUUAAACAU